UUCAUCAUUGGAUUCAUCACUUUCAAGACGCCCUCCAUCUCCCUUACUACCCUUACCCAAGCUCUCAACACCAUCUCCCUCAUCCCCCUCACCCCCCUCACUCAAGCUCUCAGUAUCAUCCCCCUCACCCCCUAACCAAAGCUCUCAACAUCAUCUCCCUCACCCCCUCACCCAAGCUCUCAGCAUCAUCUCCCUUAUCCCCCUCACCCAAGCUCACUGCAGCAUCUCCCUUAACCCCCUCACCCAAGCUCAAAUCAUCCCCUUCACUCAAAUUCAUUUCAUAGAUUUUACUCCUUGUUACGGGGGAGUGUUUGAUGUCGAGGGUACAUCGACUUCUCAUGUACCUAAUUUUGAAGAAGGAAUAUCGAGAGAAUGGGCGGCGGAUGAGGACGAUGAAGAUUUUAUUCCCGGUGAAGAUGACUUCACAGACGAGACCUCAGAAACCGAAUCAGAUAGAUCGGUUAAUGAUGAGAGUGAAGCCGAGUUCAUCGAAGAAGAACACCCAUUUCCUAUUGGUGGUCGGCACAUAUACCGCGAGAUGGGUGAAUGGGACCCGUCCAGGAUAGAUGCGAACGAGUAUGCUAUUCCACGGUGGAAUGGCGACAUUGAGACCAUACGUUUGGGUACAGUUUUCCGGAGCAAGGAAGAAGCCCAAACGGGUCUAAUGGCUUGGAACGUCGAUAAGUUGCGGGAGGUUCGGUCAAAAGAUUCAAAUCGGAAGACAUUCAAACUGGUCUGCAAAUCGAAUGCAGAUAUGCCUUGUCUGUGGAAGGCUCGGGUGAAUAAGUCCAGAAGGCAUGAUGAUUUGUGGGAAGUAACUGAAUGGAGUGACCAACACCCUUACAUGCAACAGGUCGACAGAAAUGACCACAGAAACGUGACCGCCCAUAUGAUUGCGAAUCUUAUAAUGAAUAAGAUUCAGAAGAAAGUGGAGUACAACGUUAACAUGGUCCAGGCUGAUAUGAAGCAGUGUUGGGAAGUCGACGUCAGUUACAAGAAGGCAUGGCAUGGCACAAAAAAAGCAAUCGAGUGUGUGUACGGCAGUUGGGAGUCGAACUUCGCAGAACUCCCUCA